UUUUUACGAAAUCAAAAAUAGGCCUGCUUUUACCUGCUUUUUAAAUAAAUAAAAAAAUAUAAAUAAAAAUAUUCAGAAUUCUCAUAUUUCUUUAGAAAAAAGCCUCCCGGCCUUCUUCGUUUUCCCUCCGAAACCCUAGAAAUUUCUCCUCUCCUCUCUUCGAUCUCUGUGUUUCCUCGCGAGCUGAAAAAAUUUUCGCCAAUUUAUUGGGACUCGAAAAUCUGAAUUUCUUUUUGGGCGUAAAGCGAGGGGUGUUUGCGGAAUUUUGAUGGUGAUAUUGUCACCCACCGUAUAAUAAUGUCGGGAUCGGAGACAGGACUCAUUGCGAGCAGAGAAGCGUUCGGCGUCGGACUACAGAAGAGUCCAGUUGUUCAGUCACAGCCGGUGAUACAGAACAUGCGUUUAGCCUUCAGCGCCGACGGGACAGCUGUGUACAAGCCCGUCCCCGGAGCUUCUCCUCCGUACAACCAGUCUCCCCCACCGGUGGGCAGCGAGGCUCCCGCGGGUGGCGCCACCGUACCGCAGGGACCGGCGCUCAACAUGAACGCAAGCGGCGGCGAGUCAAUGAAGCGGAAGAGAGGGAGGCCGAGGAAGUAUGGCCCGGAUGGCACCAUGGGACUGGCGCUUACACCUGUGCAGCCCCCUGCGGCGCUUAAUGUGGCCCAGUCUGGUGGCAGUGGCGGGGCAUUUCCUUCUCCGCCGGCAGCUGCUCCAUCAUCAGCAGGAGCAGUCACGCAGUCUGGGUCGAAGAAAGCACGGGGCCGACCUCCAGGCUCCAGCAAGAAGCACCAAAUGGAAGCUCUGGGAUCUGCAGGGCUCGGAUUUACCCCUCAUAUUAUCACCGUGAAAGCUGGCGAGGAUGUAUCAUCAAAGAUAAUGUCAUUUUCCCAGAAUGGUCCCAGGGCUGUUUGCAUCUUGUCAGCAAAUGGUGCUAUAUCUAAUGUCACUCUCCGCCAACCAGCGACAUCCGGCGGAUCUGUAACUUACGAGGGUCGGUUUGAAAUUCUGUCGCUCUCUGGUUCAUUUCUACUAUCAGAAAGUGGUGGCCAACGUAGCAGAACUGGGGGCCUAAGUGUGUCGUUGGCUGGUCCAGAUGGUCGCGUUUUAGGUGGUGGUGUGGCAGGUCUUCUAACAGCAGCUUCCCCAGUUCAGGUAGUUGUGGGUAGUUUUUUAGCAGAUGGUCGGAAGGAACCGAAGACAGCAAACCAAAUGGACUCUUUUUCUGCACCCCCAAAACUUGCCCCAGGCAGUGGUGCAACUGGAGCCAGCAGCCCACCAUCGCGUGGAACCCUCAGCGAAUCUUCUGGUGGGCCUGGGAGCCCACUUAACCAGAGCACCGGAGCCUGCAAUAACAGUCAUCCCCAAGCCAUAUCUAGCAUGCCAUGGAAGUAGCUUCUUGCAAUCAGUGGUUUUCUUUUAUUUAAUUAUUUUAACUAAUUUUUAUAGUAGUGUUGAGAUAUUUGGUUGUGUUGCUAAUUUCUUUAGGCCCUGUGGUUAGAGACCCAUUUGUAAUGUAAGGCCUCUGUAUGUUUGUGCACGAUAAGAACUUAAGGUCACUGCCCAGCUGAGCUUGGUGGUAUGUUGAGCGUACAUGUACGUCGCGAGUGCCGCCCUCUGCAUUUUCGAGGUUGUCUUUGUUAAAAAUUAGGAAGCAUUAGUUCAUCCAGUUUUUAGAAUGAGAUGUUGGUUAGUUUGUGUUGCCUUUGUGGUCAUUGUCGCGUAUCUUGUUGCCGUUCACAUGUUUGGUACCAGACUUCUUGUUCAUCUGUUAAUCAAGGCUUAAUACAGUUCCACAUCUUAAGCAGGGUGAUA